AUUUAGCCCACUUGUUACUAUACUUAAUCAAAACAAACUGACUAGAUCCAACUAUGUUGACUGGAAAAGAAAUUUAGACAUUAUUCUUACAGCUGAAGAGCACAAAUAUGUGCUUACUCAACCAUGUCCCAACUUUCCUUCAUUAGAUGCUCCUCCUGAGGAAAAACGGCGAUAUGAUCGUUGGUAAAAAUCUAAUGAGAUGGCCAAGUUCUAUAUCCUAGCAUCUACCUCAAAUGUUCUACAGCAUCAAAUGCAGGAUGUAGAACUAGCUUUGGACAUAAUGUUAAGUCUGAAAGAGAUGUUUGGUAAGCAAGGCCGUUCUGUAAGGCAAGAAACUACGAGGAAAAUUUAUAAUACCAAAAUGGCUGAAGGCAGUUCAGUGAGGAAGCAUUGUCUUACAAUGAUCUCUAAUCUAAAUAAAUUGGAAGUAUUAGGUGCCGAUAUUGAUGGAGAAUCACAAGUGGAUAUGAUACUCCAGUCACUACUGGAAUCAUUCAAGGAAUUCAGACACAAUUAUAAUAUGAACAAAAAGAUUUAUUCAUUGUCUGAAUUAAUGAAUGAGUUGGUAGCGGCAGAAGGCAUUCUUGGUACAUCUAGUGUUAAUGCUAAUAUGGCCGAAGAUUUUACUUCUCAGCCUAAGUCGAAAGGCAAGGGUAAGAAGAAGAAGAAGAAGAAGAAGAAAAAGGACUUCACCAAACAAGAUGGUAAACAAAUUGCCUUAUGGGUUGUCGACAAAGGAAAGAAGAUCAAAGGAAAGUGUUUCCAUUCUGGUGAGAAAGGACAUUGGAAGAGGAAUUUUCCAAAAUUCAAGGCUGCCAAUAAUAAGGGGGUUCCAGGAGACCAAAAAGUUUAAUGAAGGGAAAUUGUUUCUUACUUUGGUUGAUGGGAGCAGGAUUCCGAUUGUAGCUGUUAGAGUUGUUAAUUUAUGCUUUGAGUCUAGGGUUUUAAUAUUGGAAGGCUAUCUAUAUGUACCUAAUGUUCGUAGGAAUUUAAUUUCUACAACUUAUUCAGUAAACAUGGAUAUUGUGUUAUCCUUAAAGACAAUGUUGUAAUA